AUGGAGGAAACACAAGUGAAAAUGGGAAGGGUGGCGACGAGGGAGGUGCUUCGUUUUAUGACGGACUGUCUUAAAGCAGCGGGAGCAGUAGCAAAAGCAGCACAACAGCAGUCCGAGCUGCUGAUUGAAGCUGAUCGCUUAGGACAUCCUAGCCAUGGUCUUAAUAGAUUAGAACUUUACGUAAACGAUAUACUAUCAGGCGCGUGCGCACCAAAUAAUGAACCGAAGAUACUGAAACAGACGGCGUCUACCGCUUGGGUUGACGCGAAUAACGUUCUUGGUGCGACAGUUAGCCACUUCGCUAUGGAUAUCGCUAUGAAAAAGGCCAAGGAAACUGGUGUUGGCUGGGUAUCAGUUAAAGGUUCAAAUCACAAUGGCAUGGCCGGCUACUGGGCAAAAAAGGCAUCUGAUAGGGGACUCAUCGGAAUGGCUUUCACAAACACAUCACCGUUGCUGGCACCGACUAGAAGUAAGCAGGCAGCACUUGGAACCAAUCCUCUAUCGGUGGUAGCUCCAGGCGCUUCUGAUGAGACCUUCUAUUUAGACAUGGCAACCACCGCCGUUGCUGUGGGAAAAAUAGAAAUGCAGAUGCGAAAAGAUGAAAGGUUACCAAAUGGAUGGGCGCAAGGCCCAGAUGGAAAAGAAACGAAUGAUGCAAAUCUUGCGUUCAAAACAGGGUGCCUUAUGCCCUUGGGAGGCGGUGAAAAUACGUCAGGCUAUAAAGGAUACGGAUUAGCUGGUAUGGUGGAACUCUUCUGUGGAAUUUUGUCAGGGUCUAAAUACGGUCAGCAUGUUCGGUCUUGGUCUCACAGUGGCGAAGGCGGUGCUGCUAAUUUGGGUCACUGUUUUAUUGCGUUAGACCCGGAGUGCUUCGCCCCAGGUUUUGGGGACCGAUUAACUGACUGUAUGCAAUAUUGGAGGCAAUUAGAGCCGGUGGACCCCAAUCUUCCCGUGUUGGCGCCAGGAGAUAAAGAAAAGAAAGCGGCUGCAGUUACAGAUGCUAAAGGGACAAUAUCUUAUGUGAAGCAGCAGAUAGACUCUUGCGCAGCUCUUGCCGAGCGACUUAAAAUUACACCGAUGACAGUUCAAUUUGAAGAAUAA